UUGAAAAAUUUCUUUUUCUCAAAUGUCUUCUACGGAUUUGGGUUGGUUAACAGGUUCUUCCGUUUUACCUAAAAAACGGCACUAUAUUAACAAAGUUUCUGGUCGUUCCUUGUUCGGAUUAAGAGCAGCACUCUAUAAGGAAGAGGAAGCUUCCAAAUUUCGUUGGAAACGUCGUACUAGAAGAAGAAAAUGGGACGAAACCAAAAACCCAGGUGUCGAACAAAGAGCAGCCAAAGAUAUUAAUGCUAUGGCAGUGGACGUGACAAAUAGUUUGGAGAAAAAGGCAGCGUUGUAUGAACAACUUUGUGAAGCUGGAGUUGAUGAGGAAUCCGAAUAUAUGGUUGAUUUCCAACACAAGUCGUUGUUUGAUGAACAAGCAAAUACUUUAGAGAAUGUUUCAGAUGGGAUGGUUGGAUGGACCGCAAACUUACGAGAUAACUCACAACAUUUGGACUCUUUGGCUGAGGUAGAAAACGACAAGAAAGAAUUGUGGAAUAUGGAAACAUACAGAAAGCUGGGUGAGGAAGAAUGGAAACAAUUAGUUAAUAGAGCAUUGUGGUGGAAAAAGCAUGGAUUCCUAUUUGGAGGUAUUCCUAAAGACCAAAUAGACACAUUGUAUUAUGUUUGUUGGAGAACUUCCUAAAACUCUCGAGUCUCUUGUAAAUCCC